UUCGUUCAAGACUUUUCCGUCAUCGCGCCAUCUUCAUUCUCCACCACCAAACAGUUUCUCUCACUCUCACUUACCCAGUACACUCUCUCGAUCUCUGAAGCCAUUCAUCGAACACGUAGUUCCCAAUUCUCUGUCAGUCUUCUGACAGUGAAGUUUCCAUGGCCGCCUUCUCAAACCUCUCCACAAGCGCCCUGUUUCUUACUUCACACAACCAUCACCACCACCGCUGUACUCCUCUAAGCUUCAGUAUCGUCACCCACCCAAUCCCCACCUCGUUCAGCUUCCGCACCCGCCAUCCCAGUGACCUCGCUUCCAAAUGCAAUAGAAUUCCUGCGAAAGUAGUUUUCGCCGCUGGAUCUGGAGGCGGCGAUGCUGGCUCUGGGGGUGGUGGUGGUGGUGGAGGUGGAGGUGGAGGUGGAGGCGAUGGUGAUGAUGCAGGGUCCCAGAACCGGACUGAGGCAAUUCUCGUGUUGGCAGAGGAGGGGAGAUCAUUGGAGAGCUUGCCGAAGGACUUGGCAGCAGCAAUUGAGGCGGGGAGGGUACCUGGAUCGAUUGUCCGUCGAUACUUCGAGCUGGAAAAAUCGGCGGUCUUCCGGUGGUUGCUUCAGUUUGGUGGGUUUAAGGAACGGUUACUGGCGGAUGAUCUGUUCUUGACUAAGGUUUACAUUGAGUGCGGUGUUGGAAUCUUCACCAAGACUGCUGCAGAGCUGGAACGACGCAGAGAGAAUUUUUCAAAGGAGCUGGAUUUUGUCUUUGCUGAUGUGGUAAUGGCCAUAAUAGCAGAUUUUAUGCUUGUAUGGCUUCCUGCUCCUACUGUUUCUCUUCGACAACCUCUUGCAAUCAGUGCAGGACCUAUUGCUAAGUUCUUCUACAACUGUCCUGAUAAUGCUUUCCAGGUUGCCUUGACUGGAACAUCUUAUACACUUUUACAAAGAAUAGGUGCUAUUGUGCGUAAUGGGGUUAAGCUAUUUGCAGUUGGGACAUGUGCAUCUCUGAUUGGUACAGGUAUAACAAACGCAUUGAUUAAUGUCCGGAAGGCUUUUGAUAAAUCUUUUGCUGGCGAAGCAGAGGAUGUGCCUAUACUGUCGACCAGUGUUGCAUACGGUGUCUAUAUGGCAGUCUCUAGUAACCUGAGGUACCAAGUACUGGCAGGAGUUAUCGAACAACGGAUCCUAGAGCCUUUGCUUCACCAACACAAGCUUAUACUGAGUGCUAUCUGUUUUGCUGUUCGAACCGGCAACACUUUCCUGGGAUCAUUGAUGUGGGUGGAUUAUGCACGCUGGACUGGAAUCCAAAAGAUAAGGGAGUGAACGAUUGUAGAUCCGUCAAAAAGAUAGUUGUGUAGAUAUUUAAAAAAAAAUAAAAAAAUAAAGCAAAAGAGUCUUAGGGAAAACUUUGUAAAUGAUUUAUUCUAGUGAAUACUGUCGUAAAGUAUUUUAGUAUGGAGUAAUUUAGAGUAUUUUCAGUUGUUUGCUUAUGAAUAUUUUCCUUUUUUU